AUGGAGAAGGGCAUUACUGAAGAAGACAAGGGAGACUGGGAUGGCACUUUCUGGCUUAUUAGCCGUCGUCACCUAGUCAUGCCCAACUCAAUUAUUGUUCCAGAAAUCGAUGCCCCACUCGAGUUUCAAACCUACGACCUUGCGACCACAUACCUCAUCCUUACUGAGGUUCGCAGUCGAGAAGUACUGAUUGAGGAGAAGAAGAAGAAGAAGAAGAAGAAGAAGAAGAAGAAGAAAAAGAAGAAAAUGCUGCUGCUGAUGAUGGUGAUGACCAAUGCGAAGUGGGAAGAGAUGAAGGGAUAA